CAUCAUGGCACCAUUUAAUUUUGAGGGUGAUAUUCAAAAUAUUAAUGAACGUCAGCUUGAGUUUAUCAACAGUGCGAUCGAAAAACUAGGAUAUAAGAACAGCAAAGUGACGUUUAAUGCUGUUGGAACGGCAGGUGACAAUUAUGCGGCAAAUGUUAAAAGAAUCACUGUAGAAGGAGAAAAUGGCAAUUUGAACAUAAUUGCCAAAAUAGCACCGUCGUCGGAGAGCCUACGGGAAAACUUUCACAGUGCAUUGUUAUUCAAUAAUGAGAUUUUUGUGUACUCGAAAGUCAUACCAAAGUUCAUCCAACUACAAAAGCAAGCGGCUGUGCCAGCAGAUGAACAAGUUAAAUUUCCAAAAUGUUACGGAACAUUUGACGAAGCACCCAAUGAAAUUAUACUACUGGAAGAUAUCAGGGUUCAAGGGUAUAUUAUGCUGGAUCGAUUCAUACCCCUCACAGACUACGUUGUGAAAGGUGUUUUGAAAAGUUUAGCAACGUGGCAUUCACUAUCCUAUGUCUUAAAAAAUAAAGAACCUGAAACGUUCAAUUAUUUCAAAGACAAUUUGGUCGACUUAUGGUCAAUUCUAGCCGAAGACAAGGAGAAUAAUGAAUCGGCAGUUGCUUUUAUAACUCAAGUUGAAAACAUGGCCUUGGGUGUUCUAGCUGAUGAACCAGAGUACCAAAAUAUUAUAAAAGGCAAAUUAAUUUCUUCAGUAGACAGAGCUGCAAAAUUGAAGAAAGAUGAAAAUGGGAAUAGAUUUUCAGUUAUUCAACAUGGCGAUACUUGGACCAACAACAUUAUGUUCAAGUUUCAGGAGGACACAUUGAAGGAAUCUAUGUUAAUAGAUUACCAGAUCGCAAGGAACACGAGCCCAGUCGCUGAUCUCCUGUACUUCUUCUUCAACUGCACUCACCAUUAUGCUAGAGUAGAAUACUUCAAUGAAUGGUUGGACUACUAUCACUCGCAAUUAGACAAUUCAUUAUCCAACUAUGGUCUUAAAGCAAACUACGUUUACCCCAGAGAUCAGUUAGAUGCUGAUUUGAAGAGGUAUGGUAAAUUUGCUUUAGGCAACGCUAUACUGACAAACAGUAUGAUAAAUUUGAAACCUGAAGAAGCCACUAAAGUUAAAGCACAGAUGGAUUCGGGUGAUAUUGCUAAUGUUGAUGCAGUAGGCAGUAUGGAUAGCGCAUCUUUACUUGUGUAUAAGCGAAAGCUUAUUGGUAUUGCGUUGAGUUUUGAACAAUUCGGUUUAUUGUAAUUGCUAUUUAAAGGACUAUAAUUAUUAUUUAUGAAACUAUGUUACUCAAUUAACCAGUGUUGCCUCAGGAACAAAUAAGUGAUCCAAUAUCGACGAAAGCAAAAGAACCAGACAUCCUUAUUUGGAUUUUGAAAUUCUUCUUCUUCUUAGCGUUUAUCCCGUCUUGUGACGGAGUCCGCUUUCCGUAUCUUCUUCUUCCACUUCGCUCUAUCCUGGACAUCUUCCUAUUCGAGUUCGCAGCUUAUCAUAUAUUUCUUUACGACACUCAACCACCGCAGUUUUGGCCUGCCUCUGCGCCUUUGACCGGGUAUAUCGAGAUUGAGUGUCGCAUUGCCGAUGUACUCAGGUGGCCUCCUUUUAACAUGUCCGUACCAUCGCAGCCGUUUUUCUUGCAGUUUGUCGGCGACAUCGCGUACUCCAAGGCUACCGCGUACGUACUCGUUACGGAUCUUAUCGAGCCUCGUUACUCCGCACUUGAAUUUUGAAAUUCAAGUGCGGAUUUUGAAAUUAAUAAAAAAAAAAUAAUUAAUUAUGCUUUAGUUCUUGCUACACAUUCCACAAUAUUUUAUUAUGCGAAUAAAUGAUGACUUUGCAAACCAAAAUAUGAUUAGAGAUAAUGAUUAUGAUACGGAUGUAACUACUGAUUAACUAGCGAUGUUACUUUUAUUUUAAUGUUCAUAUUUAUAUCUAGGUAAGGUAGUUAUAUUUAUGACUUAGUUAUAAGAAAUAAAAUACAGUGUUAUAAUUAUGAUACAUACUUUAAUUAAAUUAAAGAAUAAAUAUGAAAAUAUUUA